AUGGGCAUUUUCAAGCGCAAGAAAAAACCCAUUACAAUGGUUACAGCCUAUGAUUAUCCAUCUGCUGUACACGUGGAUUUAGCAGGUUUUGACGUUCUUUUAGUUGGUGACUCGCUUGGAAUGGUGGAACUGGGCAUGGACACAACUAUUCCUGUGACGUUGCAGGAUAUGAUUCAUCACACUCAGGCAGUGAAACGUGGAGCCAAUCGACCAUUAGUGGUCACGGAUAUGCCGUUUGGAACGUGUGAAGGAGCGCCAUUUGAAGCACUGAAGAAUGCUCAAUGUCUUAUGAAGGAAGGAGGUGCUGACUGUGUGAAGAUCGAGGGGGGCAAGGAGCGGGUCGAAACGAUCAAGACUAUUGUUGAUGGAGGCAUUGCUGUGAUGGGUCACAUCGGUCUUCGUCCUCAGCACAUCAGCGUCCUCGGAGGAUUCCGCGCUCAAGGCCGUACGGCAUCGCAAGCACGAACGAUUAUCGAGGACGCUUUGGCCGUGCAAAAGGCAGGUGCAUUUGCCGUUGUGCUUGAGUGCAUCCCAUCGCCCGUUUCCAAGGCAAUAACGGAGAUGCUCACGAUCCCGACCAUCGGCAUUGGCGCUGGGCCCGAGACGAAUGGCCAAGUGCUAGUUUUCCACGAUCUGUUGGGCAUGCUCCAGCACCCUCACCACGCGCAGUUUGUUCCCAAGUUCUGCAAGCGGUACGCUGACGUUGGCGAACAUAUCCGAAUUGGUCUUGAGAAUUAUCGCGAUGACGUGGAGAACGGCCGUUUCUCGAGCGAGACAUUUUCCCCCUAUAAGAUGUCGGAAGAAGAAACCCGAAAACUACAUGCUAUCGUAGCCGAAGAGUACAGUCAAGACGGCAGUAACAAAAACGACAGCGUGACGCAUUCGGAUGUUACAAAGGUCUACUAA